GACCCGGCGCAGUACACGUUCGACUCGCCUCUCAAGGGCUGGGAACACCACGCGCCUCUGCCGGAAACCAAGUCAAUCGAUGGGAAAAGUUUCGACAACCCCGAGAGGGGAAUCCUCAGCGAUGCCUAUGAGAACUUCACGCCACCCAUAUCCAAUGGCGGAAGACAGGAUACGCAGUUGCCUGGUUUCGAUGUCCAUGUCUACUUCAACACAGAUGACGACUACCAAACCCGGUACGCCAGGGACCUCUGGACGCGCAUCCGCCUAGAAUUCCCCGAACUCCGAGUCUACCCCAUCCACACAGCACCCAACGGUCCCCAUGCCCCCGGGAUGUUCGAAGUGGCGCUUUUCACUCCGCACCAAUUCGGGGCCUUUGUGAGCUGGCUGGUCGUGCACCGCGGGCCGCUGAGUGCCCUGGUGCACCCGAAUACGGACGACGAGCUGCGCGAUCAUCUGCUAAUGACGACGUGGUUGGGACCUCCGGUGCCGCUUGAUAUGCAGAGAUUCCGGCUUCGGCCUGAGUGUGAGACGUUGGAUCGGAAGAGGGGAAGUAUCACCAAGGUUCUGGCGACGGCGGACGGGCAUGUCAAGAAAGAGGCUCGCGUAACCUGA